AGGCUCACAAGCUGUCAUGGCUGCCGCGCAGAAACUUCAGAGAUGUGUGGUUUCUCCAACAGGAAAACAUUCUGCGUCUAUUAUCUUCCUGCAUGGAUCAGGUGACACUGGACAGGGACUGCGAGGCUGGGUUCGAGAUGUUGCGGUGCCUGAUCUGGCAUUUGGCCACAUCAGGGUUGUGUAUCCCACGGCCCCCGCCAGGCCGUACACGCCCAUGAGGGGGGCGUUGUCCACCGUGUGGUUCGACCGCCACAAGAUCUCCAGGGAUUCUCCAGAACACCUGGAGUCAGUGAACGCCAUGUGUGGCGCGCUGGGCCGAGUCAUUGAGGAGGAGGUGAAGGCCGGGGUGCCCAAGCACAGGAUGAUAAUAGGGGGCUUUUCGAUGGGUGGAGCCAUGGCGCUACACCUAGCUUGUCGCUACCAUCCCGAGGUGGCGGGAGUUUUUGCCCUGUCCAGCUUCCUGAACAAGGAUUCUGUUGCGUAUAAGGCGGUGGAAGAGAGGGCGAGGGUGGGCGGCGGCCUCCCCGAGCUCCUGCAGUGUCACGGGACCAGCGACGACCUGGUCCUGCACCAAUGGGGAGAGGACACGGCAGCACUGCUGAAGAAGGCUGGCAUGGCCAGCACCUUCCAUUCCUUCCCGGGGCUCCACCACCAGCUGUGUCAACCCGAGGUGGAGCUGCUGCGCUCCUGGGUCCUCACCAAGCUUCCCCCCCUCCAGCCUGACCCCUGACCCCCCUCUGCCAUAACCCUCAACAGACCAAGAGCUUUAUUGGCAUGGAAAAUAAACAUUGACACUGCCGAAGCUGCAAACUGCCUCUCUCAAACUCGAUAGCCAUUCAGAUACUGUCAAUAAAAACAGUAGUUUUAUCUUAUCUUUUUAUGUUCUCAGGUUAACGUUUUCUUAAUGUUUGUGAUCUUGAUGUGCAGACAUGGGGCAGCUGUGCACGCGUCACAGAGGAUUGUCACACUGGAACAGGCCUGCGUGAAUUCAUUCAUGCACGGUCUGCCCCCGUUUGUCUUGAUGGACCAUAUCCCUGGAGUCCUAACCUGUAUCAAACGCAACAGUCUGUAGCAAUCGGCUACAGUUAUUAUGUCACAGCUUUGGCUCCCCCUUAAUCACUUUCUCGUCUUCACAUGGGAACGGUUCUUGUGAGAUGUGUUCAACUUGUGUCUGAACAUGAGGACUGUUGUUCAUUGGAAUAUUCCUCCUACUUUUCUGCUGCGGCUAGCAGUGAAGGUGAGGGCUACACAGUGCAAAGGCGUGGAAGGAACUGAAUGAAUAACACUGCUAUGAUGUUGAUUAAGGGGCCACUAACAUGAGGCAGGCUGUCAAAACCAUUGCCUGUGCACACUUGCACUUGAAUUCCUAUAUGCGCCACACAUUGGCCUGCAUCCUUCUCCUUUAAUUAACUCUAGUGUGUGUGAAGAAGCCACUCCAGAUAGCAGGAAAGGGAACUGAGAUAGAGGAAGGAGGUCAGGGAUACUCUCUCCCACUGCAAAGCCAACCGUUUUCAGCUCCAUGUGUAGCUUUCAUGUGGUGCACGGUGCAUAAUAUGCAAACAAUUAGUAUCCAUAUCAUUCCCUACUGUAUAUUAAUGUGGGGAAAGCAAAAUAUGUUUCUGACAUUGCCAACAUCCCCAAUAAAAACCAUUAAGCAAUGAUUUUGCCUGUAUUUCACUGAAAUUGGCGAGCAAAUAGGAGAUUGCUGCCUGUCUUCAACAAAGACAUGUGAAAUAAAGUCACACAGACACUAUUUUCUUCUUAAACAUCUGUAUGAUAGAGCUGAGGUUUUGCAGUGGGCAUUUCACAGGGGAUCCCUGCAAUAAGAAAACCAGAAUGACUUUGGCCUUGUCCUCUUAAGCAUCCCUGGAAACAUGUUGUUGCUGAAGUGUAACACAAGGACAUAAACUGUAUGUAUUUCACUGCAAAAUAAACGCUUAUUACAAA